AUGGAGGCUGCAAUCCUUUUGAGCGCUGAGGUCACAAAGAGUAUAACCCCCUUGCUGACUCGAGGUUUAACUCAGACGCAAACUGCAAAUGACGCUGCUGCUACAUCAACAUUUCAACAGGAUGCAGAUAAUGAUCUCACAGAAGUACCCCUUGGGCAAAACCUUCAGGAGUCCAGCAACAUAAAUGUAACAACUGGCCAGUCACCGGGUGAAAAGUCGGCAGAGACAACAGUUGAUGAGGMCGUGAAURCUGCUAAUAAAUGUGUGAGAGGUGAGCAGCCUGAAAAAUCUGUGCCCAGUCAGGUUUUCCAGUCAGUAGGACUCAGUUURGAGGCUAGAAUUCCUGCGAAGCUUAAAUCCAAAAUUUUAUCAAAUGAAUUUUUUGACUUUGGUUUGUUACUCAUGAAUCCAGUCACAGAGUCCAAGUAUCAAAUAAGUGUGGUAAAUAGAAGUGGGGACCAGCCUGCUCUGUCMAUCGAACCCACUUCUAAACCCAGGCGCAUCUUAAAUAUUGAUACUUGGAUGUCUGCUUUCCGGAUAUUUGUUGCGGUGUAUACCCAGGCACACCCUGGCGAAGCACCUCAUCUAAUGAAAUAUGGUGAGACCAUUCAGGACUUG